CUCCCUCCCUCCCUCCCCCCCAUUUCUCUCUCUUAUCUCUCCCCCUUUUUCUAUCCCCAUCCUUCUAUCUUCCUCACACACUCACAAUGGCCGCCCCCGCUCAGAAGUUCAAGGUCGCCGACAUCUCGUUGGCCGCCUUCGGUCGCCGCGAGAUCGAGCUCGCCGAGAUUGAGAUGCCUGGUCUCAUGGCCAUCCGCCGCAGAUACGCCGAGGACCAGCCCCUCAAGGGUGCCCGCAUCGCUGGUUGCUUGCACAUGACCAUCCAGACUGCCGUCCUCAUCGAGACCCUCGUUGCCCUUGGUGCUGAGGUCACCUGGUCCAGCUGCAACAUCUUCUCCACCCAGGACCACGCCGCCGCCGCCAUUGCCGCCGCCGGUGUCCCUGUCUUCGCCUGGAAGGGUGAGACCGAGGAGGAGUACAACUGGUGCUUGGAGCAGCAGCUCGUCUCCUUCAAGGAUGGCAAGAAGCUCAACCUCAUCCUCGACGACGGUGGUGACUUGACCUCCCUCGUCCACGAGAAGUACCCCGAGCAGCUCAAGGACUGCUACGGUCUGUCCGAGGAGACCACCACCGGUGUCCACCACCUGUACCGCAUGCUCAAGGAGGGCAAGCUCCUCGUCCCCGCCAUCAACGUCAACGACUCCGUCACCAAGUCCAAGUUCGACAACCUGUACGGCUGCCGCGAGUCCCUCGUCGACGGUAUCAAGCGUGCCACCGAUGUCAUGAUCGCCGGUAAGGUCGCCGUCGUCGCUGGUUUCGGUGAUGUCGGUAAGGGCUGUGCCGAUGCUCUCCGCAGCAUGGGUGCCCGCGUCAUCGUCACUGAGAUCGACCCCAUCAACGCCCUCCAGGCUGCCGUCCAGGGCUACCAGGUCACCACCAUGGAGGAGGCUGCUCCCCAGGGUCAGAUCUUCGUCACGACCACCGGUUGCCGUGACAUCCUUGUUGGCAAGCACUUCGAGGUUAUGCGCAACGACGCCAUCGUUUGCAACAUCGGUCACUUCGACAUCGAGAUCGACGUCGCCUGGUUGAAGGCCAACGCCAAGUCCGUCCAGAACAUCAAGCCCCAGGUCGACCGCUACGAGAUGCCCAGCGGCAACCACAUCAUCCUCCUCGCCGAGGGCCGUCUCGUCAACCUGGGCUGUGCCACCGGCCACUCCUCCUUCGUCAUGUCCUGCUCCUUCUCCAACCAGGUCCUUGCCCAGAUCGCCCUCUUCAAGGCCGAGGACGUUGCCUUCGGCCAGAAGUACGUCGAGUUCGGCACCACCGGCCGCAAGCCCGUCGGCGUCUACGUCCUGCCCAAGGUCCUGGACGAGCAGGUCGCUCUCCUCCACCUGGAGCACGUCAACGGCAAGCUCUCCCAGCUCACCCCCGUCCAGGCCGAGUACCUUGGUCUGGAGGUCACCGGUCCCUUCAAGGCCGACCACUACCGCUACUAAGCGAUUUUUCUUUUCUCUUUGUGUCCACCGCAUACACACCUGUUCGGCAUUGAUUUCGGUAUACCCUGAACGGCUAGAGUUUUUCAACAUGGUCACGAUGUUACGAAACAAAUAAAACGGGGUCUUUUUUUAACAAUGGGGCUCAAAAGCAUUGUCUUCAACGGCAAGAAUAAAAGUGGCAUAGGGGUUUGAUUGGGUUGUUUUAUACCAUAAAGAUAAAUAAUAUGAGUCUGUUUGCAU